AUGGUCAAUCAACACAUCAACGAGGUCAAGGCACUGGAGCACUACGAGACCGACGACGACGACAUGCAGGAGGAUGGAGCUGCUGGCGAGUGGCAGGGGCCAGGCAUGGCGGCGCCGCAGUUUGUCACUGCGCCACCGCCGCCGCCUGCAGCCAUGCCAGCCAAGGGUCAGCAGAACCACGGCAAAGGUGCUGACCUCAACAGGAUUGAUGGACAGAUAAGCCAACUCACUAACAUGAUACAGGGUCUUCUGAAUACUCAGCAGCGUCAGGAUACCACCGUCCUCAGCAUGGGCCAGGCCAUGCUCAAGCUCAGCGCUGCCCAGCCUAUCCCAGCCGUGGGGCCCCCUGCGCAGGCGUCGGAGUUUGCUCCGCCGAUGCCUGUCGCAGUGGAAGGGGCCAAGCUCAGGGAACAGCCGACUACGCCUGCGCCAGCGGUCACACCGACGCCAGUUGCACCCACGCCUGGUCCGACGGGAACGAUGCCAGCCACGGGGAGCUCACCCGCAGCCGCGGCGAAGGGGAUGACCGCGACCUUUGCCAACGUGGGUUUGACCAGCGUCGAAGUCACACCGCCAGCUCAUGGUCGCUGCCCCAGCUCGCCCGAGUGCCACGUCGAGAAGCCAGGAGCGAUAGUUGCCUUCUGGGUCGGCUUCGCGGCCCACGGCUUCCUCGGGCCUGCGGUGGUUCCUGAGCCUGACUGGCCUCGAGACGGGCCAGGACACGAGCUAGAGGACGCCUCCACCAGCUCGUCCGUCACCAGCGUGACGCGGGAGCCGUGCCCGCCCUUCGACCCGCAGAUCCAUUGCCCGGCGCCGCCGGCGCCACCAGCGCCCACCCCAGCGUCCCCGGAGGCGCUGCGCGUGGUGGGCGAGGGCGUGACCGCGACCGUCGAGGUCCCGGUGGUGCCGGCGAGCGCGAUCGUCAUCGUGCUGCAGGCCUUCGUCGGCUGGGGCGCGGAUCCACGUGGCGUGAUGUCGCUCGUCGAUGGAGCCGUGCCUGGCAUGCGAGUGUUGGUGCAGUAUUCGACGGAUCCAGGCUGGACGCAUGAGCGUGUUCUGUGCUGGCCCACGGCCCCUGACCUCUCGGAGUGGAUGGUGUAUACGGCAGGCAACCAUCUGUAUCCCGAGGGGCGGGCCGACUAUACCUCAGUGGUGAAGUGGACUGGCAAGCGAGUGUACCCGCCUGGCACGACCAAUGUGGUUGCCUUCAGCCGGCCCCUGACGGACGAGGAGCUCCUCAGCGUCGUCAAGCGGGGCCGCGGUGAGGCGAUCGCUGACCACGGCAACGCGGCCGCCACAUGGGCCGGGACAGGUGUGACCUGGACCGGUCGCCGCCUCGCAGUGCCGGACGUGAUGGCAGUCGACGCGCCGAGGGUCGAGCGGCGGCUGCGUGGCAAGCAGGUCCGCCCCGCCGAGGCCGAGGCGGCUGCGCCGCUCGCCGACGCCGACGGGGCCGCUGGCGCCACCGGGCCGCAGCCGCCGCCGCCCGAGGAGCUGCCGCCCGGCGCCUGGGUGCUGAGCUCGCUCGACGGCGGCGCCGACUUCGGGCUGGAGGUGAGACUGUCGCCGAACGCCGUCGUCCGGGGCAGGUAUGGCGUCGACCAGGACCCGCGGGGCGAGUGGUUCCCGAUCGAGUUCGUGACGGACGACGCGAUGGAGCGGUGGCGCGAGGACAAGCUGGUGGCGGCCGACAAGCUCCGGCCCGCCCGCGAGGCCUUGGAGGAGAGACUCUUCCCGGGCCGCGAGGCCGGCGCUGGCGGGACCGCCACCCCCCCGCCAGAGCCAGAGGGCGGGGGGCUUGGGCCCGAGUGCGUCGCCACUCACGAGAGGGAGGACUUGCGCACGUGCUGGAUCGACGCCGACGAGACCGGUGCCAGGUUCAAGGAGUGGAGGAAGGUCGUGCAGGAGAGCACACAGGAGAUCUUCUCGGACUCGAGCAUCCGUGGGCCCCCUGCCUGCCUCGAGAUUUGUCGUAAGAUGUAUCGCCAUGGUGGCACACCCAAGAUGUGGUUUCAGGAGUGGUGCAAGGAGCAGGGCGUAACCAGGAAGGAUCGCGCCUACCACGAGGUGCAGACCUUGAUCGAGGUGCUGUACCUGGCGGGGACCUAUGACCAGCUCAACAUGGGCGCCCUGGCGUCGUUGGAGGUGGUCUCGCGGCGGCUGUUGCAGUAUGUGGAGGCCUACGCGCACGGGGCCGAGAACGCGAACUGGGGCGCGGCGAAGCACCUGGGCGGCACGACCAACCCGCUCGACUUGGUGCCCGACGCGCUCCGAAGCUAUGCCAGCCGACUGUCCAAGGAGGAGCAGGAGCUGGAGGCGCUGCGGAUGCGGUCCCGUGUCCCCGGCGCUGCUCCAGCCGACGGCGCGGGCGCGGCAGCCGCGGCCGUCGCCUCUGGCGGCCUGCCCGCCGCUGGAGCUGCCGGCGGCGCCGCGGCCGGCGCUGAGGGAGGUGAUGCGGCCGGCAAGGGCCGCGGUCGAGGCGGGUGCCCGACCGUCUCCCGCAGAACCAAGGGCAGUUCGGGGCUCCGUGGGUCGGCCUGCCUGCCCAUAGCCCCGCUGGCGGCGCUCCCGGACGACUGGUGCGACGGCCUGACGCCUGGUCAGCGGCGCCGCUGGCUGCGAGACGGCAACGCAGCCUGCAAGAGCUUGAAUUACUUGCACGGUGGUGAGCAUCGCAGUGGCACGGCGCCCGAGGGGAGCGUUAGCCAGCGUAAGAUGGAUCUCAUCAGGGCCGAUGUGCAGCAGCGCGUCUUCUCGGCGGCUCGUCGCUGGAUUGAUGUUGACAGCGCCAUCACAGAGCAGGAGGCUUUGGCCAAGCUUCUGAAGGGCAAGGCGGGCUACGCUCCCCUUGGCUCUACCAGCAUGGGCUCCUACGAGUACUCGCGGGUCAGCUUGCCGGACUGCGUCCUGGACGCCCCCAGUCUGGCCCAGAUGCUACUUGCGGAGGCGAGGAUUUUUCUCGAGGAGUACUCCACCAAGAUCUGCUUCCCCCUCGUGAGGAUCGGGCUCGUGACUUUGACCCGACGACCCUUGAGCGUUCUUGGACUGUUUUUUGUAAAGAAGAAGGAUGGUGAGCGCCUGCGCCUCAUCGUGGACUGUAGACGCAGCAAUGCUCUUUUUCGUCCCCCGCCUGGUGUCGACUUGCUGUCAGGUGAAGGGCUUGGCCGCAUCGAGGUGCCGGUGUUUAAGGAGGGGGACCUCAGCGAGCUGCGCGUUGUCCUGGGGGUCGGCGACGUCGCCGACUGCUUCCAUCGGAUGAAGCUGGACGGCGACAUUCGGCGCUAUUUCUGCUGGCCGCCGCUGCUGGCCUCUGCCACAGGCGAGACCCUCAUCGAGGGUCAGGCGGCCGGCGACUCAGAGAUGGUGUGGCCCAUGAGUCAGAGCUUGCCGAUGGGUUUCUCAUGGUCGCUCUUCUUCGCGCAGGCGGCCAACCAGUCGCGGCUCGAUCGGCAGCCGUCCUUGGCAAAGAGCUUGCGGCUCAGUGAUCGAGGGCCGCCUCUUGUCCUUCGCCGCGGGCCACAUAGUGAGAACCUCGGCCACUUCAUGUACGUCGACAGCGCCGGCGUCCUUGGCUUGUCAGACACCGCCGUCCGCUCAGCCCUUCACGAAGCCCAGACUGAUUUCGAUCGUGACCAUCUCAAGUUUCAUGAGGUUGAACUUCACGUGGGAGGUGGUCGUACACUGGGCUGCCACCUGGAUGGAGCGAGGCUCUGCACGCGGCCUACGGACGAGAGGUUCGCAACCGUGCGGAAGGGCCUGCGAUGUCUCCUCAGGCAGCGCAAGGUUGCCGGGUGGCAGCUUGAGAUGGUGCUGGGCCACAUGACGUUCAUGGCCUUGGUUCGGCGCGAGCUGCUGUCUAUCUUUCACGCAGUGUACGCUUUCGUGACGAGCAGCUAUCACACUUUUUCAGUCCUUUGGCCCACUGUUCGAGAGGAACUGGAGUGCUUCUUGGGAUUGAUGGUGAUGCUCGAGGCUCGCUGGGACCGCGACUGGAUGCCUUUCGUUUACUCGUCGGACGCCAGCCUCUACGGAUACGGCGUCGCAGAGGCGGAGUUCGACUCUGCCCAGGUGGCUCUAGUCGGCCGCAUCUCGGAGCUGAGUCGGUGGCGUUUGGGCGCUGGUCUGGCUCGUCAGCACGCCUUCGAGAGUGCCGGGUUUCUUUUGAACUCAGAGACGGGCGAGGUUGUCCGCGACGCCGAGGGGGCGCCGAGGCGGCUCGACUCCGAGCUGCUGGACAUCCUCAACAGCGAGCGCUGGGAGUGCGACCCGGCGUUCCCCGAGGUCCCGCAUGAGCUGCUUCACGAUUCCCACUGGAAGACCGUGAUGGCAGAUCGCUGGGUUUUUGCUGACGAUAUUCUGAGGCUUGAGGCCAGAGCACUGGUGAAGCGGACGCUGCAGCGCGAGAGCCUGCCGCCGCGGGCGCCGGCCGCGGGCUCGCUGCAGGAGCCGGCGGCGAGUGCGCCUUGCAGAGUGCGCACCCUGAGCCCGGGGGCGGGCGCGAGCAGCUCUGCGGCGGCCCCGCCGGCGAGGCGAGCGCGUGUGCUGGACACGUCCCAGGGCCUGGAUGCGAGGCUCGUGGCUGCCGCCCCGCCGCGCUGCCCGGCGCAGACGGACACCGUGGAGGCUUUCCUCGAGACGCCGGCGGGCAAGCUGAUUCCAGCAAGCGCAGGCGUCCCCGCGGCGGCCGUGGACGCGGGCGCCUCACAGAGCUACGAGAGCAGCGAUGUGGAGGAGCGGCGGGUGGUGACCGCCUCGCGCCGGAACCUCGAGCUUCGGGGCAAAGCUCGCGUCCGCAGGGCCAUCCAGGCCCACGGCGGCGACAUCUGGAGGCACGGCCACAACACGGGGCUGAGCUACUUGGAGAAGCGCUCGGUGGGGGCCAGGUCGCUGGAGACCUACCGAGAGUGCGCCCUCGCGUUCUGUGCCUGGGCAGGCUUCUUGCUGACAGCCAUGCCCGCGUCGGCCGUGCUGGACGUAAAGUUGGUCGAGUACAUGAACAAGCUCUUCCUCGAGGGGGUCAAGAGCUGGCGUGGAGAGAAGCUCAUUGCUGCAAUGAUGUUCUUCCACCCGGACUAUGGGAAGUCUGGUGGCCUCUACAUGCCUCGUGCCCUUCGUACUCUCAAAGGUUGGAAGCGGCUCAGCCCAUCAAGAUCGCGGAAGCCCUUGGUGUUCGCGAUAUGGGCGGGCAUCGCGGUCGAGUUGGCCAGGCUGGGCGCUCCUCUCGCCGGGGUGAUGGUGCUCAUCAUGGUGGAGUGCUAUCUUCGGCCCGGCGAGAUGCUGGGGCUGACGUCGAACUCGUUCCUGCCACCAUGCAGCCACGCCGUGGACAACUGGGUGCUGCUCCUCUUCCCGGAGAGCGGCACGGCGCGCAGCAAGACGGGGUCGUCGGACGACUCGAUCCCGAUCGAUUCAGGAAGGAUGGCCUGGAUGCAUCACAUCUACCGGGCCCUUCGCGAUCGAGGGUCGUCUCAGCCGCUGCUCGGCCUGACCUACCCGCAGUUCUUGGCGCUGUUCAGGCGGGCGGCUCACAACAUCGGGGUCGACGCGGUGCCCUACCAGGGGAGACACUCCGGGGCAAGCCUGGACAGGGCCUCGAACCGCCGGACUCAAGAGGAGGUCCAGAAACGCGGGCGCUGGGCCACACUCACCUCGGUCAAGCGCUACGAGAAGGCGGGCAGGCUGAACGAGUCGUGGGAAGGCCUGUCGGAGCUCACGAAGUCGUUCUGCGUGGCUGCUCUGAGGGUGAUGGAGGUUCUUCUGGAAGUAGCACGAGCCAACAGCAGCUGGAUGGCCUGGCGUCCAAUGGACCUGAGUUUUCCCUGCCUGUCCAAGGACCUUGCGCCAGAGGACACGGCCACCCUGGGCAACUUCGAUAUGUACGCGGUUGACGGCGUAGCCGCCGACGAGGCGUGCUGCGACUGCGGCGGCGGGGUUUGCGACGCCGCCUGCGUCGACUCGAACGGCACUGCAGGCCUGCUGGUGGCCUGCUGGUUAUGGCUGCGGGUCUCGGCCUUCAAUCCCCUGAGCGCAAAUCGGGCCGACCGCAGCGAGAAGUUAGAGUUCCAUUUCAGGGGCUUCGACGUGCCAAUGUUCAUAGGAACGCAGCUGAGGGCUCCAGCGGAUGGCCAGGGGGCCGACUGGCUUUUCAACUCGCAGGAGCCGGUUGGGUCGCUCGGAGUCCAGGUCAGCGAGGAGUUCUGCAAGCUAGACCCAGAGAUCCUUCGAAGGCGUGCCACACUCGACGCGCUGACGGAGGUCACCGCCGAGCUCUCUCUGUCCAACGCGGCAGAGACGAGGGCCCUGGCAGGCGCCAUCCUCACCACCGUGCUGACGCCCGUGGAGACCGCCAUAGUGGGGAGCCUGCUCGAGUCUGGCGUCGGGCACAACCAGCAGGCGCAGGAUUGGGCCAAGGCGAAGAAGGAGGGUCCGCCCUCCCCGGCGCUGCACGUAGCCUUGGUGGAGCAGCUGGUCAAGAUCGAGGAGAGCCGCGUAGCGGCGACUCAGACCCCGCUCGGCGAGUCACAUGCGAAGCUGAAGAAGUACUGCGACGAGGUGCUGCGCCAGGAGGACGGCAUGCUGAAGGCAUCCUUGGACGUGCGCCACCUGCUCUGCAAGCGCGCGAAGAAGGUCGAGGGGAAGCCCGAGGUUGCGAAGAUCACGUACCUGUUCCAGCCGACGGGGAUCGGAGUGGAGCCGACCCAGCUGACGGAGGCUUUCCACGAGAACCCGAGCGCGACAAAGCAGACGGGCCUUAUCCUCGGCACGUUCGUUUCCGGCCUGCUGCUCGGUUUCCAGCUUGGUCAAUAUUUUGCUAUGCGAAACAAUUUUGGCGGGCGGGAGCUUUGGCAUCUACGUGUGUGCUGUGGCUGCUCGCCCAACUACCCCGUCGGGGUGACGGUCAUAACCCCCGAUCUGGACGAGUACGAGGAGGAUCAGAUGGUUGGCGCGAACUUCCUAGACUGGGUCGGGGUCGACGGCCCGAUCGCUGUGGUCCCGCACGCCGGGGUCGGUGCCGCCUACUACCGCUUCCGGGCGCCGCUGACGGUGGCGCAAGUCCGCCCGCCGCGGGGGGCGACGGGGCUGCUGGCGCUCCAGGUGUGGCUCCUGUCGGAGCGGGCGUCGCCGCUGCCCCUGGUGGGGCUGCGGGCGCUCCCGGGGCGGCCCCUUGUGGGGCUGGCGGGGUCCCGGCUCCUGGAGGGGGACUGGCGCGGCGUGCAGCCGCGCUCGGACCCGCGCCCGCUGCUGGUGCAGGCGGGGCCGCUGGCGGAGGAGCCGCUCCUGCCGCCGGGGCGGAUGGCCUUGGGGGUGGGGGCGCUGCACCUGUUGGUGCGGCUCCUCUUCCGGCGCCCGCCGCCGCAGGAGUGCCUCUGCCGCCUGCUGGUUGCUGAGGAGCGCCAUCGGGAGAAGGUGGCCGGUGGCAGCGACGGCAGGCUUGCCAUUCCAGAGGGGCCCGACGAGAUGUUUAGGCUUCUGGCUAUCGCAGCUAGGCCCACGGAUCAAUUGCUCAAGGAGAUCAGCAUAUACAAGUAUAUGAUCCAGCUCACAGCCAAAGUAUCAGUCAAGGCACUGGAGCACUACGAGACCGACGACGACGACAUGCAGGAGGAUGGAGCUGCUGGCGAGUGGCAGGGGCCAGGCAUGGCGGCGCCGCAGUUUGUCACUGCGCCACCGCCGGCUGCGCCCAGGGCAGGUGCUGACCUCAACAGGAUUGAUGGACAGAUAAGCCAACUCACUAACAUGAUACAGGGUCUUCUGAAUACUCAGCAGCGUCAGGAUACCACCGUCCUCAGCAUGGGCCAGGCCAUGCUCAAGCUCAGCGCUGCCCAGCCUAUCCCAGCCGUGGGGCCCCCUGCGCAGGCGUCGGAGUUUGCUCCGCCGAUGCCUGUCGCAGUGGAAGGGGCCAAGCUCAGGGAACAGCCGACUACGCCUGCGCCAGCGGUCACACCGACGCCAGUUGCACCCACGCCUGGUCCGACGGGAACGAUGCCAGCCACGGGGAGCUCACCCGCAGCCGCGGCGAAGGGGAUGACCGCGACCUUUGCCAACGUGGGUUUGACCAGCGUCGAAGUCACACCGCCAGCUCAUGGUCGCUGCCCCAGCUCGCCCGAGUGCCACGUCGAGAAGCCAGGAGCGAUAGUUGCCUUCUGGGUCGGCUUCGCGGCCCACGGCUUCCUCGGGCCUGCGGUGGUUCCUGAGCCUGACUGGCCUCGAGACGGGCCAGGACACGAGCUAGAGGACGCCUCCACCAGCUCGUCCGUCACCAGCGUGACGCGGGAGCCGUGCCCGCCCUUCGACCCGCAGAUCCAUUGCCCGGCGCCGCCGGCGCCACCAGCGCCCACCCCAGCGUCCCCGGAGGCGCUGCGCGUGGUGGGCGAGGGCGUGACCGCGACCGUCGAGGUCCCGGUGGUGCCGGCGAGCGCGAUCGUCAUCGUGCUGCAGGCCUUCGUCGGCUGGGGCGCGGAUCCACGUGGCGUGAUGUCGCUCGUCGAUGGAGCCGUGCCUGGCAUGCGAGUGUUGGUGCAGUAUUCGACGGAUCCAGGCUGGACGCAUGAGCGUGUUCUGUGCUGGCCCACGGCCCCUGACCUCUCGGAGUGGAUGGUGUAUACGGCAGGCAACCAUCUGUAUCCCGAGGGGCGGGCCGACUAUACCUCAGUGGUGAAGUGGACUGGCAAGCGAGUGUACCCGCCUGGCACGACCAAUGUGGUUGCCUUCAGCCGGCCCCUGACGGACGAGGAGCUCCUCAGCGUCGUCAAGCGGGGCCGCGGUGAGGCGAUCGCUGACCACGGCAACGCGGCCGCCACAUGGGCCGGGACAGGUGUGACCUGGACCGGUCGCCGCCUCGCAGUGCCGGACGUGAUGGCAGUCGACGCGCCGAGGGUCGAGCGGCGGCUGCGUGGCAAGCAGGUCCGCCCCGCCGAGGCCGAGGCGGCUGCGCCGCUCGCCGACGCCGACGGGGCCGCUGGCGCCACCGGGCCGCAGCCGCCGCCGCCCGAGGAGCUGCCGCCCGGCGCCUGGGUGCUGAGCUCGCUCGACGGCGGCGCCGACUUCGGGCUGGAGGUGAGACUGUCGCCGAACGCCGUCGUCCGGGGCAGGUAUGGCGUCGACCAGGACCCGCGGGGCGAGUGGUUCCCGAUCGAGUUCGUGACGGACGACGCGAUGGAGCGGUGGCGCGAGGACAAGCUGGUGGCGGCCGACAAGCUCCGGCCCGCCCGCGAGGCCUUGGAGGAGAGACUCUUCCCGGGCCGCGAGGCCGGCGCUGGCGGGACCGCCACCCCCCCGCCAGAGCCAGAGGGCGGGGGGCUUGGGCCCGAGUGCGUCGCCACUCACGAGAGGGAGGACUUGCGCACGUGCUGGAUCGACGCCGACGAGACCGGUGCCAGGUUCAAGGAGUGGAGGAAGGUCGUGCAGGAGAGCACACAGGAGAUCUUCUCGGACUCGAGCAUCCGUGGGCCCCCUGCCUGCCUCGAGAUUUGUCGUAAGAUGUAUCGCCAUGGUGGCACACCCAAGAUGUGGUUUCAGGAGUGGUGCAAGGAGCAGGGCGUAACCAGGAAGGAUCGCGCCUACCACGAGGUGCAGACCUUGAUCGAGGUGCUGUACCUGGCGGGGACCUAUGACCAGCUCAACAUGGGCGCCCUGGCGUCGUUGGAGGUGGUCUCGCGGCGGCUGUUGCAGUAUGUGGAGGCCUACGCGCACGGGGCCGAGAACGCGAACUGGGGCGCGGCGAAGCACCUGGGCGGCACGACCAACCCGCUCGACUUGGUGCCCGACGCGCUCCGAAGCUAUGCCAGCCGACUGUCCAAGGAGGAGCAGGAGCUGGAGGCGCUGCGGAUGCGGUCCCGUGUCCCCGGCGCUGCUCCAGCCGACGGCGCGGGCGCGGCAGCCGCGGCCGUCGCCUCUGGCGGCCUGCCCGCCGCUGGAGCUGCCGGCGGCGCCGCGGCCGGCGCUGAGGGAGGUGAUGCGGCCGGCAAGGGCCGCGGUCGAGGCGGGUGCCCGACCGUCUCCCGCAGAACCAAGGGCAGUUCGGGGCUCCGUGGGUCGGCCUGCCUGCCCAUAGCCCCGCUGGCGGCGCUCCCGGACGACUGGUGCGACGGCCUGACGCCUGGUCAGCGGCGCCGCUGGCUGCGAGACGGCAACGCAGCCUGCAAGAGCUUGAAUUACUUGCACGGUGGUGAGCAUCGCAGUGGCACGGCGCCCGAGGGGAGCGUUAGCCAGCGUAAGAUGGAUCUCAUCAGGGCCGAUGUGCAGCAGCGCGUCUUCUCGGCGGCUCGUCGCUGGAUUGAUGUUGACAGCGCCAUCACAGAGCAGGAGGCUUUGGCCAAGCUUCUGAAGGGCAAGGCGGGCUACGCUCCCCUUGGCUCUACCAGCAUGGGCUCCUACGAGUACUCGCGGGUCAGCUUGCCGGACUGCGUCCUGGACGCCCCCAGUCUGGCCCAGAUGCUACUUGCGGAGGCGAGGAUUUUUCUCGAGGAGUACUCCACCAAGAUCUGCUUCCCCCUCGUGAGGAUCGGGCUCGUGACUUUGACCCGACGACCCUUGAGCGUUCUUGGACUGUUUUUUGUAAAGAAGAAGGAUGGUGAGCGCCUGCGCCUCAUCGUGGACUGUAGACGCAGCAAUGCUCUUUUUCGUCCCCCGCCUGGUGUCGACUUGCUGUCAGGUGAAGGGCUUGGCCGCAUCGAGGUGCCGGUGUUUAAGGAGGGGGACCUCAGCGAGCUGCGCGUUGUCCUGGGGGUCGGCGACGUCGCCGACUGCUUCCAUCGGAUGAAGCUGGACGGCGACAUUCGGCGCUAUUUCUGCUGGCCGCCGCUGCUGGCCUCUGCCACAGGCGAGACCCUCAUCGAGGGUCAGGCGGCCGGCGACUCAGAGAUGGUGUGGCCCAUGAGUCAGAGCUUGCCGAUGGGUUUCUCAUGGUCGCUCUUCUUCGCGCAGGCGGCCAACCAGUCGCGGCUCGAUCGGCAGCCGUCCUUGGCAAAGAGCUUGCGGCUCAGUGAUCGAGGGCCGCCUCUUGUCCUUCGCCGCGGGCCACAUAGUGAGAACCUCGGCCACUUCAUGUACGUCGACAGCGCCGGCGUCCUUGGCUUGUCAGACACCGCCGUCCGCUCAGCCCUUCACGAAGCCCAGACUGAUUUCGAUCGUGACCAUCUCAAGUUUCAUGAGGUUGAACUUCACGUGGGAGGUGGUCGUACACUGGGCUGCCACCUGGAUGGAGCGAGGCUCUGCACGCGGCCUACGGACGAGAGGUUCGCAACCGUGCGGAAGGGCCUGCGAUGUCUCCUCAGGCAGCGCAAGGUUGCCGGGUGGCAGCUUGAGAUGGUGCUGGGCCACAUGACGUUCAUGGCCUUGGUUCGGCGCGAGCUGCUGUCUAUCUUUCACGCAGUGUACGCUUUCGUGACGAGCAGCUAUCACACUUUUUCAGUCCUUUGGCCCACUGUUCGAGAGGAACUGGAGUGCUUCUUGGGAUUGAUGGUGAUGCUCGAGGCUCGCUGGGACCGCGACUGGAUGCCUUUCGUUUACUCGUCGGACGCCAGCCUUUACGGAUACGGCGUCGCAGAGGCGGAGUUCGACUCUGCCCAGGUGGCUCUAGUCGGCCGCAUCUCGGAGCUGAGUCGGUGGCGUUUGUGCGCUGGUCUGGCUCGUCAGCACGCCUUCGAGAGUGCCGGGUUUCUUUUGAACUCAGAGACGGGCGAGGUUGUCCGCGACGCCGAGGGGGCGCCGAGGCGGCUCGACUCCGAGCUGCUGGACAUCCUCAACAGCGAGCGCUGGGAGUGCGACCCGGCGUUCCCCGAGGUCCCGCAUGAGCUGCUUCACGAUUCCCACUGGAAGACCGUGAUGGCAGAUCGCUGGGUUUUUGCUGACGAUAUUCUGAGGCUUGAGGCCAGAGCACUGGUGAAGCGGACGCUGCAGCGCGAGAGCCUGCCGCCGCGGGCGCCGGCCGCGGGCUCGCUGCAGGAGCCGGCGGCGAGUGCGCCUUGCAGAGUGCGCACCCUGAGCCCGGGGGCGGGCGCGAGCAGCUCUGCGGCGGCCCCGCCGGCGAGGCGAGCGCGUGUGCUGGACACGUCCCAGGGCCUGGAUGCGAGGCUCGUGGCUGCCGCCCCGCCGCGCUGCCCGGCGCAGACGGACACCGUGGAGGCUUUCCUCGAGACGCCGGCGGGCAAGCUGAUUCCAGCAAGCGCAGGCGUCCCCGCGGCGGCCGUGGACGCGGGCGCCUCACAGAGCUACGAGAGCAGCGAUGUGGAGGAGCGGCGGGUGGUGACCGCCUCGCGCCGGAACCUCGAGCUUCGGGGCAAAGCUCGCGUCCGCAGGGCCAUCCAGGCCCACGGCGGCGACAUCUGGAGGCACGGCCACAACACGGGGCUGAGCUACUUGGAGAAGCGCUCGGUGGGGGCCAGGUCGCUGGAGACCUACCGAGAGUGCGCCCUCGCGUUCUGUGCCUGGGCAGGCUUCUUGCUGACAGCCAUGCCCGCGUCGGCCGUGCUGGACGUAAAGUUGGUCGAGUACAUGAACAAGCUCUUCCUCGAGGGGGUCAAGAGCUGGCGUGGAGAGAAGCUCAUUGCUGCAAUGAUGUUCUUCCACCCGGACUAUGGGAAGUCUGGUGGCCUCUACAUGCCUCGUGCCCUUCGUACUCUCAAAGGUUGGAAGCGGCUCAGCCCAUCAAGAUCGCGGAAGCCCUUGGUGUUCGCGAUAUGGGCGGGCAUCGCGGUCGAGUUGGCCAGGCUGGGCGCUCCUCUCGCCGGGGUGAUGGUGCUCAUCAUGGUGGAGUGCUAUCUUCGACCCGGCGAGAUGCUGGGGCUGACGUCGAACUCGUUCCUGCCACCUUGCAGCCACGCCGUGGACAACUGGGUGCUGCUCCUCUUCCCGGAGAGCGGCACGGCGCGCAGCAAGACGGGGUCGUCGGACGACUCGAUCCCGAUCGAUUCAGGAAGGAUGGCCUGGAUGCAUCACAUCUACCGGGCCCUUCGCGAUCGAGGGUCGUCUCAGCCGCUGCUCGGCCUGACCUACCCGCAGUUCUUGGCGCUGUUCAGGCGGGCGGCUCACAACAUCGGGGUCGACGCGGUGCCCUACCAGGGGAGACACUCCGGGGCAAGCCUGGACAGGGCCUCGAACCGCCGGACUCAAGAGGAGGUCCAGAAACGCGGGCGCUGGGCCACACUCACCUCGGUCAAGCGCUACGAGAAGGCGGGCAGGCUGAACGAGUCGUGGGAAGGCCUGUCGGAGCUCACGAAGUCGUUCUGCGUGGCUGCUCUGAGGGUGAUGGAGGUUCUUCUGGAAGUAGCACGAGCCAACAGCAGCUGGAUGGCCUGGCGUCCAAUGGACCUGAGUUUUCCCUGCCUGUCCAAGGACCUUGCGCCAGAGGACACGGCCACCCUGGGCAACUUCGAUAUGUACGCGGUUGACGGCGUAGCCGCCGACGAGGCGUGCUGCGACUGCGGCGGCGGGGUUUGCGACGCCGCCUGCGUCGACUCGAACGGCACUGCAGGCCUGCUGGUGGCCUGCUGGUUAUGGCUGCGGGUCUCGGCCUUCAAUCCCCUGAGCGCAAAUCGGGCCGACCGCAGCGAGAAGUUAGAGUUCCAUUUCAGGGGCUUCGACGUGCCAAUGUUCAUAGGAACGCAGCUGAGGGCUCCAGCGGAUGGCCAGGGGGCCGACUGGCUUUUCAACUCGCAGGAGCCGGUUGGGUCGCUCGGAGUCCAGGUCAGCGAGGAGUUCUGCAAGCUAGACCCAGAGAUCCUUCGAAGGCGUGCCACACUCGACGCGCUGACGGAGGUCACCGCCGAGCUCUCUCUGUCCAACGCGGCAGAGACGAGGGCCCUGGCAGGCGCCAUCCUCACCACCGUGCUGACGCCCGUGGAGACCGCCAUAGUGGGGAGCCUGCUCGAGUCUGGCGUCGGGCACAACCAGCAGGCGCAGGAUUGGGCCAAGGCGAAGAAGGAGGGUCCGCCCUCCCCGGCGCUGCACGUAGCCUUGGUGGAGCAGCUGGUCAAGAUCGAGGAGAGCCGCGUAGCGGCGACUCAGACCCCGCUCGGCGAGUCACAUGCGAAGCUGAAGAAGUACUGCGACGAGGUGCUGCGCCAGGAGGACGGCAUGCUGAAGGCAUCCUUGGACGUGCGCCACCUGCUCUGCAAGCGCGCGAAGAAGGUCGAGGGGAAGCCCGAGGUUGCGAAGAUCACGUACCUGUUCCAGCCGACGGGGAUCGGAGUGGAGCCGACCCAGCUGACGGAGGCUUUCCACGAGAACCCGAGCGCGACAAAGCAGACGGGCCUUAUCCUCGGCACGUUCGUUUCCGGCCUGCUGCUCGGUUUCCAGCUUGGUCAAUAUUUUGCUAUGCGAAACAAUUUUGGCGGGCGGGAGCUUUGGCAUCUACGUGUGUGCUGUGGCUGCUCGCCCAACUACCCCGUCGGGGUGACGGUCAUAACCCCCGAUCUGGACGAGUACGAGGAGGAUCAGAUGGUUGGCGCGAACUUCCUAGACUGGGUCGGGGUCGACGGCCCGAUCGCUGUGGUCCCGCACGCCGGGGUCGGUGCCGCCUACUACCGCUUCCGGGCGCCGCUGACGGUGGCGCAAGUCCGCCCGCCGCGGGGGGCGACGGGGCUGCUGGCGCUCCAGGUGUGGCUCCUGUCGGAGCGGGCGUCGCCGCUGCCCCUGGUGGGGCUGCGGGCGCUCCCGGGGCGGCCCCUUGUGGGGCUGGCGGGGUCCCGGCUCCUGGAGGGGGACUGGCGCGGCGUGCAGCCGCGCUCGGACCCGCGCCCGCUGCUGGUGCAGGCGGGGCCGCUGGCGGAGGAGCCGCUCCUGCCGCCGGGGCGGAUGGCCUUGGGGGUGGGGGCGCUGCACCUGUUGGUGCGGCUCCUCUUCCGGCGCCCGCCGCCGCAGGAGUGCCUCUGCCGCCUGCUGGUCUAUGACGCUCGCUCUAGUGUGUUGCAGCGUGCCCUGAAGCUCGAGGGGCGCGACUCGUCUCGCAUCGUCGAGGAUUGCCUGCCCGCGGUUUCGCUCUCCUCGCGCUCGGACACGGCCUGCGCUGUAUAUGUUGAUAAUUUCAUGGUGAUGGGCUCCGACCGCAAGGCUGCUGAGUCGAGCCUAGACGGGGUUUGCCGUCGGCUGUUAUCCCUCGGCUUGACAGCGCGCGAGUUGAGCGCAGCGAGUCGUGACAUAUCGCUCGCGUGGUUGAACUUUAGCGAAGGCUCCAAGAUUUCCAUUAAGCCCUCCAACAUGUGGCACCUCAGGUUCGGGGUCGAAUCGCUACUCCGUCGGGGGGUCUGCAGUGGCUCCGCGCUCCAGAUUGUGAUGGGCCAUGUGACCUGGGCUUCGCUGCUGCGUCGAGAGGUGCCCUCGGCGUUCUGUGCAUCGUGCCAGUUCACGCAGUCAGCCGGCAGCCAGCCCCAGAAGCUUUGGCCGCGGGCGCGGCAAGAGCUCUGGACGCUCUGA